UACAUAAACAAUAAGCAUCGUUUAGAUGUUAUUGUCGGUCAUUAGUUACUCUCGUUCUCUUAGUGAACAGUUGAUUCAAUUGGUGCUUAGGCGACAAAAUGUUCUGGAAAAAUACCGGUUUAUGGGUUUUGUUAGUGAUAAUCUGUGCGACUUUCAAACCAGCAUGGGCAUUGAGGUGUUAUAACUGUACUGGAUUCAAAUCAAAAUUUUGCGGUUCCAACUCCAAUGAACACCACGUAGCGCAGACCAAUUGUGAAGAGGGCAAAGAAGUUGCAAGCAACAUCAAACCAAAAUUUGCAUGCAUGGUUUUACACGAAACAGACACAAUAUCUGGAAGAUCGACUGUUAUAAGAAGAUGCGUGAUGAAGCAUAAAAUGAACGACGGUUGUGACUAUAUUAUCAACACUAGCAAAUUAAUAAGCAGAAGCAUAGAGACCAAUUGCAGUGAGUGUGGAACAGACUUGUGUAACUCCGCAAGUCCGGUUUACAAACCGGCCGUUCUUAUAUUAAUUCUCAUUGCACUAAAUUUGACCAAAUAAAAAAAUCUGUGAAUGAAAAUUAAAUUUAGAAUUUACACUUUGUGA